UCACCAUGUGGCUUGUACUAAGCGUGAUUUUUGCCACGAUUGGCUACUGGUUGUUCAACUAUCACAAAACCAGACAAAAGUUGCUCGCCAUCCAGUCACACUUCAAUGGACCACCAACGCACUACUUUUUGGGAAAUUUCCCGAUUUUCAUUGGCAAAAGCAUUCCUGAUAUCUUCAACAUCAUCACCAAAAUGCACAAGGUGUACGGCGAGGACAUCGCGAUCAUCGCCGCGUUCAACGAGCUGGUCAUCGAUUUGUCCAGCUCGCGGAACGUCGAGAAGGUGCUGCUCGCGAAAUCGAUCAAAAAGUCGUUCGUGUACAACUUCCUGGAGCCGUGGCUGGGCACGGGCCUGCUGACGGUGCCGACGGGCGAGAAGUGGUUCCAGCGCCGGAAGAUCAUCACGCCGACGUUUCACUUCAAGAUGCUGGACAACUUUUUGGAGGUGUUCAACCGGGAGGCGGAUGUACUGGUGGAGAAGUUGAAGAUGCGAGCGGGGAAGGGGGAGUUUGAUAUUUACGAUUAUGUGACGCUGUACGCGUUGGAUAGUAUCUGCGAAACGUCGAUGGGAGUGCAGAUUCACGCUCAGGACGACCCUAGCAAUGAGUACGCGACUGCGGUGAAGCAGAUGAGUACGUUCAUAUUGCGUAGGAUCUUCAACCCGCUGCGAUCGUUCCCGCGGUUGUUCUUCCUGUUUCCGUUUGCAAAGGAGCAGAAGAAUGUCAUCCGGAAGCUGCACAACUUCACCAACUCCGUGAUCGACUCGAGAAGAAAGGUUCUGGAACGGGAGCAAACUAGCUCAACGGUUGCGUUUGAUCUUCAGGAGGAGAACAUGUACUCGAAGAGAAAGAUCACCUUCUUGGAUCUGCUGCUGAGUGUUACCGUCGAAGGUAAGCCGUUGAGUCGUGAAGACAUCCGUGAGGAGGUGGACACCUUUAUGUUUGAGGGCCACGAUACGACUACGUCUGGGAUUUCGUUCACGAUUUGGCACUUGGCAAAGCACCAGGAUGUUCAGCAGAAGUUGUGCGACGAGAUCGAUCAGAUUUUGGGGACGGAGAAGAAAACGGCUGAGCUGAAUAAUGUGAAGAUUCAAGAGUUUGAAUAUCUGGACAUGGUUGUGAAGGAAUCGCUGCGGUUGAUUCCACCGGUACCGAUCAUCGGAAGACAACUGAUCGAAGACUUGGAAAUGAACGGAACCACCAUCCCCGCUGGGACUCAGAUCAACAUCAAAAUUUACAACAUCCAUAGGAAUCCGAAGAUAUGGCCCGAUCCAGAGCGCUUCGACCCGGACCGGUUUUCAAAAACUAACGAAGACAAACGCGGACCAUACGACUUCAUCCCGUUUAGUGCCGGCUCGAGAAACUGCAUCGGUCAGCGGUACGCCAUGAUGGAGCUGAAGGUCACGCUGAUCAAGCUACUUGUCAGCUAUCGGAUUCUGCCCGGCGAGUCGAUGGAAAAGAUGCGGUUCAAAACGGACUUGGUCAUCCGGCCGAACGAAACCAUUCCGAUUAAGCUUGUGGAAAGGGUUUGAGAUUUUGGGCACAUUGUAAUCGCUAAGGUGGACCCAAAUAUAGAACGUCUUAUCGUG